AUGUGUACCUGCCGUCCCCUCCAGGAGCUGGUGACGGAGCUCCACAUGCAGUCCAUCUUCACAGAUGUGGGGAAGCUGAGUCUGCAGGACCCCUCUCACAGUGCCAUCAUCCCCAGCUCAGUGGGACAGACAGGGAGUCCCAGCACCUCCACUGCCUGGCUCAGUCAGUCUGGAGAGGCUCACUAUGCUCUGGCUUCACCUGCUGGAGGCAUCAUGGUGGUCACUCUGGCCCCCCAUGACACUCAGGGUGGUGUGUCGGUGCUGGAGCUGAAGAGGAGCUCCAUGAUGCAGAGGCUGUCUGGCUGGAUGCCCACAGCCAUCCGUGGGGAGCAGAGUCCCGCAGAUCUGGUCCUCAGUCUAGCUGUCAGAGAGCUAGAGGAAGACUCCUUCAUCUUUGCCCUCUGUCAGGAUUACAAACUGCGCAUGUGGUCCUUCAGGGAGCAGGCGUGUCUGCUGGAGGCGGACAUGUUGGACUACAUGCCGGCCUGUAAAGGAGUGAAGCGUCUGGCCGGUCAGGGUCAUCGGCUGAGGCUGGCGUUCUCCUCCACCACAGGCCUCUGCCUGUCCGUCUACCUGGCCGUACCUCAGAGAGGACAGUUCACCGUCCUGCAGCUCGUCGCCACUGACAACAACCGCUACAGCCUCGACCACAUCUCUUCUCUCUUCACCACACAGGAGACUCUGGUGGAUUUCACUCUAACCUCAACAGACAUCUGGGGUGUCUGGGUGGACGAUUCUAACACCACUGUGGUCAAAUACAUCAACUUUGAACAUAACACAGCCGGUCAGUGGAACCAGGUGUUUGUUCAGCCUCCACCUGAGGAAGAAGUCCAUAUCGGAGUGGACCAGGACCCCAGAGAGACAUACCUGGAUGUACUCUUCUCUCCGCUACGCUUCACAGCUUCAGCCAUCGUUAAAGCUCUACAGAUCUACCGCAGAGGCUCAGAGAGGAUCUCUGAUCUGUCCUGGGAGAGUCUGAAGAAGGAGGUGACAGUAGCGGUGGAGAGUGAGCUGCAGAGCAGUGUGACAGAGUUUGAGUUUUCUCAGGAGGAGUAUCGUCAGCUGCAGGUGGAGUUCUGGUCCAAGUUCUACGCCUGUUGUCUGCAGUACCAGGAGGCUCUGUCCAUGCCUCUGGGUCUGACUGUGAGCCAGCACACCAACAUGGUCUGUCUGCUCAAGAAGGGCUUUGUGUCCUUCCUGCUGCCGUGUUUCGCUGUGGAUCAUUUGUACCUGUCUUAUGAUGAGUACCUGUUCUCAGAGGAGGAGACGCCCAUCACUGAAGACCCUGAGGUGGGCCGUGACGUGCUGCAGCUGGUCCAGUGUCUGAGGCUGGUCAGUGAUGCUGUUUCUGGAGAGAUGGCAUAUGAGAUGGAGAAAGCUCUGGAACACCUUCAGUCCCCUGAGAGAGCAGCUGAACUUGUGCUGGAGAACAUGCUGUCCAAUGACAGCCCAGAAGCUAAGUGUGCCAUGUCUAACAACAAGACCACGAGCUAUCAGCCCUGUGAUGGAGCAGAUCUUCUGGACCAACGAUACAACGUCUACUACGGCGGUGCAGCUGACACAAGAACAGCCAAUGGAUGUCAGUGGAGUAGAGCAAGUGAUGCAGCGACUCUGAACGUGAAGGAUCAGCCUGUCCUCAGCUUGUACGGCAGCACUCAUGCACGUGUCCUGUGGCUGUCAGGCGUCCUUGUGUGUGUGUGUGGUUGUCCUCAGGUGUUUCUGGGUGGGGGGGCUCAGCUGCUGCAGCUCCAGCAGGAUCUGAUCCCUCGGAGCUCCCACCUCCUCUCCUCCUAUCACCUCCUCAAACACAUCAGUCAGAGCCUGGCCUCCUCCGUCCCCGUCGACAUCCUAGAUGCCAACCUGCAGCACCUCACAGUGCUGGAGCUGUCUGACACCCCGACUCUGUCCUCCUGUAGAUCAGUGUUGAGUCCUCAGACGGUGGUGGAGCUCUUCUAUCAGACUGCAGCCAGGAAGAUAAUCAUCUCUCAGCUCUUCUGUCAGCAGCAGACCAACUCCUUGCUGCUCUGGACCCACAUGGUCUCCAACGUGGUCCACUUGCUGGCUCAGCUGCUUUGGCCCAGUAACCCUGGUUUCCAGUUCCCAGAGUGUCUGAUGGCCAACUGUCAGUACACACAGCUGCAGGAGUAUGUGAGGCUCAUUGGACCCUGGUGUCAGGUGAACAUCGGCUCGUGUCGCUUUAUGCUGGGUCAGUGUUACCUGGCCAACGGGGAAGGUCAGAAGGCUCUGCAGUGCUUCCAGGAGGCAGCGACGGAGGUGGAAAAAGAGGAGUUCCUGAUGAGACUGACGGGCAGCGAGGAGGAGGAGGCUGCAUCCACCCCCAGACUACAGUACUACAACAAGGUGCUGCGUUUGUUGGAGGACGUUGGUCUACCUGAGCUCGUCAUCCAGUUGGCCUCUCUGGCCAUAACAGAGGCAGUGAGCGACACCAACAGCCAGGCCGCUCUGUGGACUAGAAUAUUCAAACAUCACCUGGACCUCGGACACAACAGUGAAGCGUAUGAAGCACUCACACAGAACCCAGACAGCAGCAUGCAGCUGGAUUGUCUCCGUCAGCUGGUGGUGGUUCUCUGUGAACGCUCUCAACUCCAGGAUCUGGUCCAAUUCUCCUACGUCAACCUGCACGACGAGGUGGUCAGUAUCAUUGAGUCUCGAGCUCGAGGGUUGGACCUGCUGGCUCACAAUUAUUACGAGCUGCUGUACGCCUUCCACAUCAACAGACACAACUACAGGAAAGCUGGGACUGUGAUGUUUGAGUUUGGGAUGCGUCUCGGUCGAGAGGUUCGGACCCGUCUGGGUCUCCAGAAGCAGGUGAACUGUUACCUGGCUGCUCUCAACUGUCUGCGCCUCAUCAGACCAGAAUACGCCUGGAUUGUCCAGCCCGCAUCCGGAGCU